AUGGCGGAAGGCAUUCCUAAAGUUAAUCCCGCUGUUUACAGUUGCCCCAUUUGUUUGGAAAAUAUUAUAAGACCUAAGCGUCUGCCAUGUUCUCAUACUUUUUGUGAAAAAUGUCUGCAGACUCUUAUAUCUAGGGCCUCCGUGGGGAAAGAGCAAGAAAAGUUUGACUUUGAAUGUCCUUUAUGUCGUCGUGUCACGGGUCGACCAGAACCAGGGAUUGUUGUGGAUGAAUGGGCUAAUCAUUUUCCGACUAACAUACUAGUCGAUUCGUUUGUUCGUUUUAUUGUCGAAAAGAGUAAGGAUAAAUGGUGUGCCAUUUGUUUUCGAGAUGACAAGGAAAGUAAGGCGGAGUCCUGGUGCAAUGACUGUGCAGAGGUUAUAUGUGCUUCCUGUAAACAUCUUCAUCAAAUUAUUGGUUCACUUCAAAAUCACAAAAUCUCGGCACUUAGUUUUGAAGAUAAAGAUGACAAGUUUACUUUUCCGGAAUUAGAUGAACCCUGCCAUUUGCAUCAAGGUAAAUAUGUUGAAGUAGUUUGUUUAGAUCACAAAAAGAUUUGCUGCUGCUUGUGUGUUGCAACACAGCAUAGACAAUGUGAACAUGUGGAAUCUUUAAAUGAUGUUGCUAAAAAGAUACCUAAUCUAGCCGUCGAAUCGAACUUAGAUGUUCUCUCUAGAAUAUCAACUACAACAAAGGAAGUUUUGAAACAUAAAGAAAAAGCAAUUAUUCUCCUGAAUGCUCAGAAGGAAGAUAUCCUAAAAAAUGUUUCCGAAGAAGUUUCAAAUAUAAAAGCUAAACUAGACGAGCUUGGGCAACAAUUUCGGAAGAACUUCCUAAAAAAGCAUGAAGAUAUUGAAGAAGAAAUGAAGCAAUGUGUCCUGGAUAUAAAGCAUUACCUCUUGAUAGUCAGUAAUGGAAAAACACUUCUUUCUGCGGUUAAAGAAAGAGGUACUUGUACGCAAAUAUUCCUCUCUACAAUGAAAAUCAUAAGAGAUAUGGAAGACCAGUUUCAACUAUUCAAGUUCAGAAAUCCUGAAGAUAAAGAGUACGAUUAUAAACAUGAUCAUACGACAUUAUUAAAACAAUUUUGCGAAAAUGAUACAAUUAAUGAUGUCAAAAUCAUAGGAAAACCGACAGGAACUCUCUGGAAUUUACCAUUUCAUAUGCCAUCAUUUCAGAUAUUUGAAAAAAUGGAAAAAAUACAGCCGUCGAAGAUUUUUGAGAAAAUGUCAAAUUCUGAAACACUGAGUACAGAGAAAAAAGGCGAGUUUCAGCUAUCGUGUAGUGCAGAGCAGGGUGUGUUUGUUGAUAAAGAAACAUUGGCCUUUGUUUCAUCACAGAACACUCUUUAA